GCGUGGUUAAUCGGAAUACGGGUGGGAAUACAACUGACGGUGUUGGUGUUAGUGGGAGGAAGAUGGCGGCGUCCAAGGUGAAGCAGGACAUGCCUCCUCCGGGAGGUUAUGCUCCCAUUGAUUACAAGAGAAAUCUACCUAAAAGGGGGCUUUCUGGUUACAGUAUGUUUGGCAUUGGCAUUGGAGUAAUGCUGUUCGGCUACUGGAGGCUUUUCAAAUGGAACAGAGAGAGGAGGCGUUUGCUCAUUGAGGAGCUGGAGGCUCGGAUUGCACUCCUGCCUCUUCUACAGGCUGAACAUGAUAGAAGGACGUUACGGAUGCUCCGGGAGAAUCUGGAGGAGGAAGCCGUCAUCAUGAAGGAUGUGCCGGGCUGGAAGGUGGGUGAGAAUGUUUUCCACACAGACCGCUGGGUCACUCCCACCACAGAUGAGCUCUUUAACCUUCGACCUCAGGAGGAGCUUCUGCACAAGAGGUUUGGCUUCCUGUGGUAUGUGUAAGCUGCAGCUCGGCCUGGAGGAUCAGAGGAUAGAAGAUCAUCCACCAGCGUCUAAGGUGCUGUGUGAGAGAGAGGAGCAACGUGUUAAUGUUCAGAUUGUAAAUGUUUCAAAUAUUAAAUAUGUUUUCUUUGCUUCCCAAA